CAAAGAGAAGUUCCUAAUUCUUUUCAGCUCAGCCUCUUGUAUUUUGCCGUCGCCACUGUCUUCCGGUUUUGAUAAACAAAGUUUUUGGGAAGCGAAUCAAACCAAAAAUUCAAGAUGCAGAACGAAGAGGGACAGAACAUGGAUCUUUACAUCCCAAGAAAAUGCUCUGCUACAAACAGGCUUAUCACUUCCAAAGAUCAUGCAUCUGUUCAGAUUAACAUUGGACAUUUGGAUGCUAAUGGUCACUACACUGGUCAAUUCACCACUUUUGCUCUCUGUGGCUUCGUCCGUGCUCAGGGCGAUGCUGACAGUGCUCUCGACAGGCUUUGGCAAAAGAAGAAGGUCGAACUCCGUCAACAAUAAGCGGGGUUGGAGUAUGUUCUUCGUUUUAGUUUAAUCUUAGUUGAAGAAGACAGUGGGACAGCAGUGACUGCGCUCUUCCAUUUUAUCACUGUGACUGUUUUUAGCGAUUUGUCAACCAAGACAAGAUAAUUUCUAGUACUUAUUUGUUUCAUGAUCUUUAAUUUGGUAUUUUAAACUUCGGAAGUUUUGUCUCUUUACUCUCGAGUUGCAAUAUAUUGAAGUGAUUUUUGUUUUUA